UAUUUUUUGUGUCUUGAUUUGCGGUCACAUCAAAAGCCAACUUGGUGCCAACAGCUGGCCAGGAUGAACGCCACCAACUUGCCAACGGUGUUGAUAAAGUGCCGGAUCUGCCUGGGUGAUUCCGAAGAGGACACAAUGAGUUCGCUUUUUGAAGAAGAAUCCGAAAGCGAAAAUACCCUGAGUGGCAAAGUCGAAUUUUGCUGCGGUAUCAAGGUCCGCCAAUCUUCAGAGAUGCCAUCCAAAGCCUGCAAGAGCUGCAGCGAGUUCGUGUCAAUGUGGUUCAACUUUCGUCAGAUGUGCCUGAAUUCGCAAGUCUACUUGGAAACAAAUUUACCGUGCAGCGAGAGACCGGCUGAAUUAGCACAAGCCAGCGACGGCGAGUUCAUGGAGUACCUUUACGAAAAACUACAGCUCAAUUCUAGUCCAGACAGCACUUAUCAAGAGGAGAACAACCAAAUGACAGAUGAGGAACCUGUCCUAGAGGAACAGCCCCAAGAAGUUUUAGACGUCAACGGGGUUAUUAUAAGCGAACAAAUCAACGAGGAAGAUGGGCCGGUUAAUGACAUUCCCAAACAAAUGUUUGAUCUGACCUCCUAUGAAGCCUAUUUUCCAGAAGCAGACGAAGAAACGAUUGAAGGUAAAGGUGAACUUGUUGAGGAUUCUUCCCCUCUCAAUGAGGAGUACUACGAGAUUGAUUACGAAGAAGAGGAGAGACUCAUCGAGGAUGACUUUCUAUCAAUUGCGCCUUCGCCAGAUUUUAGCACCCAGGAGGAAAAACGCAAGCCUGGAAGACCCCGCAAGCCCGACAGCGAACUCAAGUUUCAACGCAAGGGGUCUAAUAAAAAGAGAAAAGUUGAGGAAAAGUUCACGUGCAACCUGUGCGGCAACGUCUAUUACAAAAGAUCUCUUUUCACUGCUCACAUGAUAAGUCACACGGAAUAUAAGCCGCAUCAAUGCGAAAUCUGCCCAAAAUCCUUUCGCCAACUAGGCGAACUGCGGGCCCACAUCCGUCGUCAUACAGGCGAACGUCCCUACAAGUGCAUGUACUGCGAACGCCACUUCUACGAUCGGAGUGAAAGGCUUCGCCACGAACGGAUGCACACCAACACUCGUCCUUAUGCGUGUCAGGAGUGUGGAAAGACAUUCACGCACACGGCCACUCUCAAGAACCAUACCCUGGUUCACUCCGGUGAGAAGAAUUACAACUGUGACAUAUGCUCAAAGUCGUUCACCCUUCUGCACCAGCUUAAGGCCCACCUGCAAACGUUCACCCACCGUAGCAAAAUGGAGGUAGCCAUUUCCAAAUCCCCGGACCUUAUACAAAGCUAGUCGGCCAGCUUUAAUUCAUAGCUUAAGUUAUCUACAAGUAUUUCAGGCUAGAAAAAAUACAAAAAACAAGACACGCUUCUCAUAAA